UAUAAAGAAGCCCUCGGAAACCGCCGAGGAAGGGUGAGGGACGGAGAGAGCAAAGUAACGCAAUGGCCACCGCCACAGCCACCGGGAUCGCCAUAAACCACCGCCGUCGACCCUCCGCCCCGGCUCUCGCCACUCUUCCUCCCUCCUCUUCCUCCGCCUUAUCUCCUAUUCGCCCUUCUCUUCGCCUCUCUCAUUCGCUCUGUUUCCUGUCCGGGAACCGUUAUUCGAAGCGAAAUCCUAAGACGAGGGGUUUAGGGGUGGUAGUUUGUGCUGCGACGGAGCCGCUGAAGGUGAUGAUCUCUGGGGCUCCCGCGUCCGGGAAAGGAACUCAGUGUCAGAUGCUCGUAGAGAAGUAUGGUUUGGUGCACAUCUCUACUGGAGAUCUUUUGCGAGCGGAAGUAUCAUCAGGAACAGAAAUUGGAAAGAAAGCAAAAGAAUACAUGGACACUGGCAUGCUUGUCCCGGAUGAAAUCGUUACUGAUAUGGUUGUUUCACGGUUAUCACAAAAAGAUGUGAGAGAGAAAGGAUGGCUCCUUGAUGGAUAUCCAAGAAGUUCUUCACAAGCAGGGAGUCUUGAAAGGAUGAAAAUAAGACCAGACAUAUUCAUUGUCCUUGAAGUUCCUGAUGAAAUUCUAAUCGACAGAUGUGUUGGAAGAAGGAUGGACCCAGUUAGUGGCAAGAUUUACCAUCUUAAGAACUUUCCUCCUGAGACAGAAGAAAUUUCUGCACGAUUGAUUACUCGAACUGAUGAUACUCAGGAAAAGGUUAGAUCACGUCUUGAGACAUAUAAACGGAAUUCUGAUGCUAUCUUGCCGACAUACUUUGACUUGCUGCAGAAGGUUGAUGGAAAUCGUCCGAGAGAGAUUGUAUUUCAAGAAAUUGAUGCCCUGCUGCAGAAGAUUCGUACUGAUGCUGUAAAGUUCAAGACCUUGGAGGUAACUAAUGGAAACUCAAAUAGCAAUCUGAAACUGGCAGCUUCAAGCAGGGAUAACUGGCGAGGUAUUCCUACAAGGUUGAAUAAUAUUCCUCAUUCCAAGGAGAUAAGGAAAUAUUUCUAUGAUGAUGUGCUGCAAGCUACUCAAAAUGCUAUAGAAGACAAAAUACGUAGAUUGAAGGUGGAGAUCAACAUUCCAGAACUUAACCCAGAAACGGAUGUUUAUCGAAUAGGAACCCUUUUGGAACUUGUACGAACUCUUGCUCUUUCAUUUGCUGAUGAUGGAAAGCGUGUCAAAGUUUGUGUUCAAGGUUCAAUGGGAGAAGGAGCACUUUCGGGAAUGCCAUUGCAACUUGCUGGAAGCCGGAAGAUUAUGGAAUUUAUGGAUUGGGGUGAAUAUGGUGCUCUGGGAACCUUCAUUAAUAUUGGGUCCAUAGGUGCCAGAGAGGUUGAAGAACAGGAUGAUCUAUUUAUUCUUAUGGCUCCCCAGAAUGCUGUUGGGAACUGUAUAAUUGACGAUAUGAAAGCUAUGACAGAUGCAGCUGGUGACCGUCCUGUGAUUCUCGUCAAUCCUCGCCUUAAGGAUAUGCCAGCAUCAAGUGGCAUAAUGCAAACAAUGGGAAGAGAAAAGAGAUUAGAAUAUGCUGCAUCAUUCGAGAACUGUUACUUCUUUCGGCUACUAUAUUAUGCAGGAACACAGUAUCCAAUCAUGGGCGCUUUAAGGAUGUCUUACCCACAUGGGUAUGAACUUUACAAGAGGAUUGAUGAAUCAUAUGGAAAGGAGAAGUAUAAGCUGAUAGCCACAUUUCCUAAAAGGCCAACCAGUGAGGAGAUCAAUGCUGCUUUUGAAGGAAAACCGAGAGAUAGAGAGAGAGCUACCGGGAUCUGGGGUUUCUUGAGUGGUAUACUAUGAGCUGGAGAGAGCAUUGGGCAAAGCAGGAGGGCGAUCUGGCAUUCAGUAAAACGUGAGUCCCCUUUACUUUUACGUAAUAAUUUGAAAGGCAUCAUACCAGUUUCAUCUUUCUCAUUUCACCAUUCUGAUAUGGAACUGCUGCAGGAGAAUGAAGUUUAAUCAUCUUCCAAUACUUUUUUUUUUGUGUAAUUAUUGCCAUUGUAAAUCCUUAUAUAUUGAGGGGGUAGAGGUUGAGAGUUGGCAACCACUCGAAGCCUUCCUUUGCUAGUUUUUGUCUCACAUGUUUCCUCUGCUGCACUAGCCAUUCUUGUUCUACUGCUACACUCGGAGUAAACGGAUGGUUUUAAGUAUUACUGUACGUGAAUGCAAAAUUACCAUCUAUAAUUGCAUCAUGCUUUUGUCAA